AUGUUCAAACUGCACAACCCGCGAGCUAAAAUGCACAUACUUGAAAGUCGCCGCCGCUCGUCGCAAUACAGCCCAUCUUACCCCCCUAGCUCAACAUCCGAUAUACCUCGGGCUCUAGAUGGUCAUGGCUCGCCGAAAGCAGCGAUGCCCGGUCCAGUCAUGCCGACAAACUCAAUCCCGACAACCCAAACAAACUCAUUCGGCAUCGACAACCUAGAAUUAAUGCACAAGUUUGCAACAGAGACAUAUGAAAGUCUCUGCAUCAGCGAGUCAGAAACAAAGAUUUGGCAAAUAACCGUCCCAAACCUCGCCUUCAAAAAUCACUACCUGAUGAGCGGGAUCUUGGCGCUAGCCUCAAUGCACAUCGCAACAACAUGCGAGCCAUCAGAGUUAGCAGGCCAGUAUCACGAAACAGGACUGCAGUAUUACAAUCGCAGCCUAGCGCCAUUCCGCAAGGCGAUCGAUAACAUCACGCCGCAGAACUGCAACGCGGUAUUCGCGCACUCGAUCGUCAUGAUCGCGAUCAGUAUCGCCUCACCCCGACUAAUUGUCACGAAAGACGAGUACGCUAGUAUUACGGAAAACAUCGUGAUAAUAUUUGAGCUACUCCAGGGCGUGAAGAAGAUCAUGCAAGUCAGCAAUUCGUGGAUCAAGCUGGAAUUGUUCACACGGGGCGAGUUUUGGAAGAAAGCGCCUACUGAGCUUGAUCCCGAUACGGAGGCUGCGCUGACACAUCUGGCGGCAUUGAACGAUGAGGUUAUGAUUGGAAUUUACUCGGAUCAGCACCGCAUUAAUAAAAAUGUUAUUGCGUAUUUGAGGCAUUGUUACGCUAAAUUCGCGCAUUCGGCGGAUCCAGCGCCGGUUCUUUCUUGGCUUGCGCGAGUUGAGAAGGAAUUUGUUGAUAGCGUCCGGUGUCGGCAGCCAUUUUCCUUGCUCAUUCUUAUGUAUUGGGGGUGUUGUUGA